AUGUUUCCGGGGUUCAGAUGCUUUCAGAGGGGAUGGCAUUUCUUAAGAGCUGCAAAGUCAGCAAGCUCUUCUUUUCGUGUAUUCGUUUAUCGUGCCCUGCCGCGGAAUCAACAGCACGGCGAGUUCAUAUAUUCACUUAGAUCUGGUGCCAUAUCAUGUCAAACAUUGCCAUUUGUUCAGUGGUCUCUGAGCAAGGUGUGCCACUUUCUGGUGAUCUCCUGCUUGCUGGGGCCACUUGGAUGGCUCUCUCAACCUCCCGGCGUCCAAGCUUACAAGAUCACCGAGCCGCCCAUCAGUAUCACCGAUUCGAAGGACCCGACACCGGCCCGAAAGGUGGAGCAACUCUUGGAGAACAACUUGGGGCAUGAUGCAGACGAAGCGAAUGCAAUACCUCUGCCGCACGAGGAAGGUAACGUCAGCGAUAGCAAUGCCACCAACGGCAUCGAAAGCUUCGGCGACCGCAACUGGGAGUUCCUGCUGCUCAAGGUGGCACAACUGGAGACGGUGGUGCAUUUGCAGCAAGCCGAGCUCACCGCCGCGCACACCGAAAUCGAUGCCUUGAAAGAGCACGUUGGCUUGGACGUCCAGCACAUCGCGGUGGCAAAGAAAAAAUCUCGUGAUCCCCAAGCUGCAGGUGAUGUUCUUAAGACGGUCUUAGACAAGCACCAGCGGCAGCGCGAGACACGCAACUACGAUCCCGAUGCCCACAAGGAGAGUUGA